GCGUUACAGGGUCCAGAGACGCGCAGAAUGUCUUCGUCUCAGAAGGUCAGCUCGAGUUCCGUGAAGAAAGGCACCCGUGCUGCGGCGAAGGAGGUUCCUGCGAGGUCCGGCGCUUCGGACAUACAGCUCAGCUCUGUCAAGAUCGGCUGCCUGCUGUUAGUUCUAACCGUAAUGACUGUGGCACUGUAUUUGGCCACGAUGCCACGUUCACAUAGGCAGGAUCGCGCGGUAGCCACGCUGAUUGACGAGGAUGACGAAGCAGUCAGCCAGGACAGGGGCAGCGUGAAGUUACGGCCCGCGGUACGUAGCCUUCCGCCAACCAGGGACGAAAGGCCGGCGCCGUCCAGGCGCAUGUCCGCCACCGAGGCCACGGAAGCUGAAUCCAGCAGCGACGUCGACAUGGCCGAUAAUGCAACGGAGCGGAUGGAUGCGCCCCAGAUUUUCGUUCAGACAAAGCCGCGUGGCCCCUGCACGGAAAAGGCCCAGUUCGGCUUGUGCACAAAUGAGAACCGCCACGAAUUUUACUUUGACACCGAGAAGCAACAGUGCCGUUCCAAAGCCCGGCAGCUGCCUCCCUCUUGCCUGGCUGGUCAGAACCGGUUCAAGUCCUUCCGUGACUGCAGGCUCGCUUGCCUGGACCAGGUACCAGAGCAAAAGUGCACCGCUGAGCCGCUGUAUCAGAGGUGCACCGCAGAGGACAUCGCGCGGCAGUGGUGGUACCUCAAGGGUGGGAGAUGUCACCCAUGGAAGUUCCCGAAUUCCAACUGCGUCUCGCCCAGGCUGGCACUGUUCGAGCGCCACGAAGACUGCCACAACCUGUGCGUGGCGGGCAAGCCCGUUGCUCGACACCCGUCCUGCAGCGAGACGCCCGUGCAACAUGUCUGCACGGCGCUCCAUAUGGUCUACCCGGUGCUGGCGAGGUCCAUCCACAAAAGGCUCACCUGCGUCCAGACAGACCACUCGGAACCGAAGUGCCUGACGGGAUCUAAUCGGUUCGACACUGAGGAGGCCUGCCAGAAGGCAUGCCUGCGGGAUUGACAUUCUUGCUACAUCCGACUUCGCUGAUGAACUUCUUACGCGCUCAAGCUUUGAGCAUAUUAAACGAACUUGGACUGUUUAGUAUGUUGCCUUUUAUAUAGUAAUCUUCAUGUUUUUGUUUCACGAGACGAAAUGCUAGAUGCUUUAUAUUGAGCAACCGAGCCCGACCACUACGUUAUGCGAUAGGGUUGAACUGUUUGCGUUGGCUGCCCAAGUAGAACCUAUUUCGCGUCGAGGCGAGCCACGCGAAGUACCAGUCACAUAGGUAGCUGUGGAGCAUUCGCCCUGCAUCCACUAAGGAAUGUUACGCUUGACAAUGUGAAGCCUGUUUAGCGCAACACAUGCUUGAAGUGCACGUUGCAGCAUAGGUGAUUUGCCAUUAAUUCACAACGGCUAGAAUGGGUAAAUGCAAAGAAAAUCUGAAGCAUUUGCAAGUCUUCACUUGAAGUUUGCGGAAUAAAAGGGCAAGAUCGCCUGCGUCAAUGUAAUCUUUAUUAUUUCUAUAGUUGACUCAACUGAAGAACAAAAGGAUUAAAGAACCCCAGCCGUGCUUUAUACUGCGCAAAACCCUCGCCUCGUGUCAUUUCUCUUGUAUAUCUCCCUGCACAUUUACCGGUUUCAUUGAUACAUCUCUUUAACGGCCUCUUCUUGCAUUUACGUCUUCCUAAAACAACGAACACCGAUAACCUACGGCUGGCAUACUCUCUCGAACUCCAUUUCUUCUUGUCAAUUUAGGAUAUAGAGCACUAUUUAGCUGCGUUUUCUUUUCCAUGUCAGCAUGCCUUUCUUUCUAUGGCUUAACGUUGCGCUUACAUUUUCAUUGUCAGUUUACAUUUUCAUUGUUCCGUGUGCUGGCUGGCACUCUCCUCAGUAAUUGGACACUCCUAAAG